AUGGAAAAGCAGCUGCUGCCCUUUACCAUAGACCUGUACCCUCAGCAGUCCUGGGAAAGUAAGACGCAGGAAGGCUCCCAGGUCAUCAAAGUGAGACUUCAGAUAGGGUUAGUGCUUUUCACUGUUAGUGUCCUUUAUAAGAAAAACCUUCGCAUACUCCAAGGUCAUGAAGAUGUUUUUUGUGACAUUAGUAUAGGGGUUGGAGAUGGAAGCUUGAAAAGUGCUUGGACUUGGGAGCUUGCCCUCUUAGACUGCUGCUAUUAUCACAAAGUGAAGAAGCCUGGUCCAAUCGUCUUAAAGAUGAAAGACCCUCAAGGAGAUCGCGUGCACGCUCCCAGAAGGGGCCUAUCCCAUUGGGCUCUGCCUUACCGCUGCAGCGUCCCCACCUGGCUAGAGUUCACAUCUGACGACGCGAAACAGCAGAUCUACAAACUGGGCAAGGAGGACCUGACUCCUUCACAAAUCGGUGUGAUCCUGUGUGACUCACAUCGUGUUGCACAAGUACGUUUUGUGACAGGCACUAACGUGUUGAGAAUUCUUAAGUCCGGGGGACUUGCCCCUGAUCUUCCUGAGGAUCUCUACCAUUUGACUAACAAACCUGUUGCUGUUCGAAAGCCUCUUGAGAGGAACAGAAAACAUCAGGAUGCUAAAUUCCGAUUGAUUCUGAUGAGCCGUAUUUACCGGUUGGGUCAAUAUUAUAAGACCACGCGUCUAUCUCACAACUGGAAAUGUGAGUCAUCCACAGCCUCUGCCUUGGUUGCAGAAAUUUGGCUUUGUACUCACGCAAUAAAAUCACUGUCUCACUAG